UGGUGCGUCACGUGAUUGUGACGUCAUUGAGCGUCGUCAGGGGCGUGUGUUUGUCACUGCAGGCGACGCGUAAUCGGUCAACACGAACAAUCGCAACCAGCCGAAAAUGGCUACGGAUAAAACCGCAUACACGCUACUGGAAGGGGGGACCCCGCCGCAGACGUCGUUCCUGCCCGCGUCGGGCCCCAACAACAUGUUCGCGGACUCUCCCGUGGGUCUCCCGCUGCCCCCGCCGGCUGCCUUUGGGCCUGGCGCACCUGGAGCCUUGGCUAGCAGCAAACCGGCAGCAUCCUCGCCUUAUUGUCCACCUGCCUACCCGGGCUUCCAAGACAACAUAUCCGGUGAUGCUUACCACUGCGGGGACUCGGAGGACCCGCCGCCCUUUGACGAUAACCAGGACUUCGGUUAUGGAUUGGAUGAUAAAACCAUAAGAAGAGCUUUCAUUCGGAAGGUCUUCUUGGUGCUCACAGCUCAGCUGACGGUGACGUUUACCUUCGUGGUGGUCUUCACCUUCGUGGACGCCAUCAAGGCGUUCGCCAAGGAGAACUUCUGGCCCUACAUCGUGUCGUACGUCACGUUCUUUGUGUCCACGUGCGCCAUCAGCUGCUGUGGAAACCUCCGUCGGAAACACCCGUGGAACCUGGUCGCAUUGUCCGUCCUGACCCUGAGUAUGUCGUACAUGGUGGGAAUGAUCGCCAGCUACCACGAAACCGACAUCGUCGUCAUCGCGUUGGGCAUCACAGCUGUGGUCUGCUUCACCGUGGUCAUCUUCUCGCUCCAGACCAAGUACGACUUCACUUCCUGCCACGGCGUGAUGUUCGUCUGCCUGGUCGUCCUCAUCCUGUUUGGCCUGCUGUGCAUCAUCAUCCGUAACAGGAUCCUGGACAUUUUUUAUGCUGGACUGGGAGCGUUGCUCUUCACCUGUUUCUUGGCAGUGGACACCCAGCUGCUGCUCGGCAACAAAGAACUGUCCCUGCAUCCCGAAGAAUACGUCUUCGCCGCACUCAACUUGUACACAGACAUCAUCAACGUCUUUAUAUACAUUCUUGCGAUUUUGGGAAGAGCCAGGAGCAGCUGAGCUCGGAGAAAGCGUGACGAAAAUUAUACCCGAGCAUUGUUUUUGCUGAUGGCGUCCGUGGAAGUCAGGUUUUGUCAUCUUUGAUUUGUCUAGUCGCUUUCACUGUUCAAAGUGCUCUUGUGCGUUUUCCUUUCUUCAACAUGCCUUUUAUAAAAUAUAAAUAGUAUUCAGUGGUGAUGACGCUUUUGAGGGAAUUUGUAGAUUGGUUGCUUGUAAUAUUUUGGCUCAUUAAAACCUUGACCAAUAACAUCACAAUUGAUUUAAAAAUAUGUUGUGUUGAAACGUGUCAUACAUUUGAUCAGUCAUUUGCAUGGGAUUUUCGGUCUACUCUUAAAACCGGACAUUUUAUUUUGAAAUCUUUUCAGAUAUACACUAUAGGUGCAGUUUAAAAGUGACCAUUCAUCAAAAUAAAAGUUCAAACUUUUGUCACCGCGGUUCAACUAAAGCGAUGUGUAAUUAAAUUAUAAUUUUUUUAAAAAUUGUGUGACAUAUUUUGAAUUGCCUAAUCCAGGGUUCCUGAAAAAUUUGGGAUUGUUGUGCAAUCUGGAUUUCGUUUUGCACUUUGACCACAACUCAUUUCUUAUCACACGUUGCCAACUCGUUUAUUGAAGAGCAUGAAACAAAAACGUUGCGCCUCACAGUCUUGAUUUUUGCUUAAACGGCAAAUAUCAAGCUACAUUUUAAAUUCAGCACUUUUAGCAAAUGAACGGUCACUGCAGGGGCGGGAAAAGUAUGACACUGUUUUAAUCCACUCCGUGAGUUAUUUACAAUAUCAAGAGUGCUGUAAUAUUGAAUGUUUGGUACAUACUACAGCAUGAAUUAAUCAUUAAGUUAUCAGUUUCUUCCCCCUAAAAUUAGGUAAUGCAGUGAUUGUUGAAGUGUGCUGUGGGUAAAAUUAUUGAUGGGCAGGCUCUUGUGGUACGCAAAAUAAUCACUGAACUAAAUAUGUUUGUACAAAUUAAAUUUAUUUUGAAAACAUGAAAUACUUUACCUUUUUUACUUUACAUGAACUGUUUCUUACUUUUCAUGCUGCACAAGUUACUUGUAUUUAACUUUUAAUGCUUGAGUAGACUACAUCUCCACUUAAUCUUUAAAAAACGUGAUUAUAAAUAUUUAUCAAGAGUAUUUUUUUAUGUGCAUUUCAUUUUAAUUGAAUCAUUUAAGUAUUUUUUUUGUUUUCCUGUAUUUACUGUAAGUGCAAGUGUAAAUUUUCAGAAUGCAUAAUGCUAUUGUGGCUUAAAACAAAUAAAAAAUAAAUAGAAGCGUACUUUUUUUUUUUUUAGGAAUAAAAUUGCUGCCUUAUUUUUUUUCUGAACACUUGGGUGUACUGUAUUCCAUUACUAGAUUUUGAUGUUGGGCAGU